UAAAAACAUUGUACACCUCUAACAGCAACAACGCACUUUUCAGUCGCAUCGUUGAAAAUUCUGUCGCAGCAAUAAACAUAAAAUGUCUAGUUUUUCCCCAAAUCAAUUGCGCCAAUGCGCGCGAUUUACGGGAACGGCUUGCACACCCGAAAAGGAACAAAAAUUACGCGAGCAAAUCCACAGCGAAUUAGCAAAAAUCAAGUACUGCAGCAAUCCCACAUAUUCGUGCAGUUUGAUGCGCCUUGACGGCUAUGAUUUUUGCAUUCGCCACAUUCUGCGCGAUCCACGCGCCAAUUACCGCCAGUGUACACACGUAUUUCCUAACGGACGCAAAUGCGCCAAUGCAGUGCCCAAACUCGAUACCAAAAAGGAGCAAAUACUUACCACGCUUUGCUUCGAGCACAACCGCCAGGCGCAGCUACAAAAGACGCACUCAUCGGUGGGCCGCUUACGUAGCCGCGUCGAGACCAAUGAGACGCUUCUCAAUAAUCUAUCGCAUCACGUGAAUGUAGAGGACAUAAAGCCGGAAUUGCCCAAGCCGGAACCGGACGAUGAUGAAAUUGAUGUUGUUUCGCCGCAUGUGACGCCUUUUGUUAAUCAGGAUCACACGAAUAGCAUACCACAAGUUGUGUCCAGCGUGCGCAAGCGGCGCCGCGUUUUGGAUUAUGCCUCUGAUAGCUCAAGCAAUGACGGAGAUCCACCGUGCUUGAGAAAUACAGCAAAAGACUUGGAGUUCUAUGAAUCUGAUUAUGAGAGCGUAGACUCUGAGGAGGAUGAUCCUCUGAAACAUGCGGGCGUUUACACACGUGCGGAGGCAGUUCGUCUGUCAGAGAUGAAACUGAUCAAAUUGCAGAACUUGUACCGUGGACAGAUAACACAUUUGCAGCAUAUCUUGAAGCAGCGUCGUCGUUCCUAUUUACAGGACAUACGCCGCGAGCGCGAGACAUACUGCAGCAUUCAUGACCAGCUCAAGGACACGCCGCACGAGCGCAAGCUGUAUGAGCAAUUGAAGGCGCUGAAUGGCUAUCAUCGUCGACAGGGUAUAGAAGCGCUCCUCUACAAAAAGAUGAAAGAGAAGCGAUCGCGCGACACUGUGAUCUCAACCAAAUCCGCCAGUCAGCCGAAGUGCGUAUUCACUGAAGGCGGCGUCAAGUGUGGCGAGCGCACUUUGCCAUGCUGCAAGCAUUGCCGUAAGCAUAUACUCGAGGACAAGCGACAGGUUUUGUAUCGCGCCUGUGGUGUUGAGCGCAGCGGUGUCGUCUGCCAAGAGCCCGUUGCAAGCAUAUUAGAGGACUCGACAUGUGUGCUGCAUUUGAAUGUGCCGGCGAAACGCCAGUAUAUACAAAAGUUUUAUGAAGUGCCGAUCAUACCGUCGAUCGAAAGUAUUUUUGCGACUGGCGGCAGUGAUGAGACUUUUAACGGUGACAAUGACCAGAUCAAUGACUCCAUUGACUCCAGCACUCAGAAUGAUCUGUUGGAGUUGGCAAAUGGUAUAUUUGACUUUGAUACCGUCGAAGAUCUGACCAAUUCUAUUGAUGAGAAUUACGCCAUGUUGCUCGAUAUUGACUGUGGUGUUCUGGGGCUGGGGCUCGAUGAUCAAUAUAUGACCGAUAAUAACAAUAUUUUUGAGAAUCAAGAUCAUAUUUCCAAUCAAGAUGAAAUUCCCUCAAUCGAUGCAGUCACCUCUAUCGAUGCUGUUUCCAAUGAAAACUCGAAUCAAAGUGCAAUGCAAACUGAUCAGAAUUUUGAAUUUAAUGAAACCGACAGUGAUAUGUUGAACGUUCUCGAAGGCAUCGAAAAUAUGCCUUGGUUCGAUGCACUGCUCAACUAAUUGAAAUUAACUAAAUAACUGCAUAAAUGCGAAUCUGAGACCGAGGACGAUGAACCCUCUUCCACUGCAGCUAAACGAGAGAUUAAGAAGGAGGACAAGGAGCCGGAGGCAAA